GAAAACGUUUGUGGUUUGUUCAAACAUUAUAACGGUCUGAGUCUCAGUGGCAAGCACCCGCUCUAGAAAGUCGAGUUUGUUAGCCUACCUUAUUCCUGUCCUUUUUCCAAGAUGAACAGAAUUAUUCUCCAGCUUUUUGCACUCGGAUUCUGCUUUGCAGUCGUUCAAGCUCUGACGUGCUACAAAUGCGAAUUUGGCGUUGGUAACUUCUGCAUUACCAGCCAAACUACAUGUGACAGCGGAGAACUAUGCUUCAGUGGUGUCGCGAAAGCAGUUGGUGUCUUGGAUAUCAAGAAAAAGGGCUGUUCAGCAGUGGCCAAAUGCAACGGCACCGAACAAAGUACCGUCGGCGGCAACACCACCGUCUACAGCCUGACCACGACAUGCUGCAACACCGACCUGUGCAAUGCUGCGCCCGGUCUGCCCGGGACCUCCGCUCUGAGCCUGGCCCUCGCCACCAUCACUGCUCUGUUUGUGGCCAACGUCCUAGUUUGAAAGAAAUACAGCGGAAGAUGGAUAACCCAAAGUGCACACAAACACACACACACUUAUUGCACACACACCAGCACUACAAUGAUUAAAUGCUCUCUCCUCAGACAUGUGUUGUUUUUUUGUUUUUGUUUUUUAAACGUAUGGGUCUUGUGGUCACUAUUCUUGAUCUACACACAAAUUUUAUAUCAGUUUAAAUUCCCUCUUUUCUUUUUGUAUUUAGAUUACUCCGUAAGCUAUCCCAGUCCUCAUUUUACUAUAAGAGAUAUUAAAUUCUUAGUUGACAAUUUAAAGUGUAACACAAGACAUCAAAGAUGAUACAAGUAGUCCACCACUUGUCUAACAUGCCCUGUAAUUUACUUUCUCAAUUUGAAAAAUGUGUGGAAUUAAGUUCAUAUUCAUGAAUCACAUGGUAGGCAUUUCACUGCGUGACUAAAUAGUUUUUGUAGGUGAAUUAGUACAAGUCAAAAGAAUAAUCCAACAUUUUGGGAAAUGUGCUUAUUUGUUUUAUUUGCGUUUUAUGGCGCUACAGCCAGUAGCCAUUAGUUUAGCAUAAAGACUGGAAACGGGAAAUGGCUAGCUUGGGACAGUCUAAAGGUAAAAAUUGUGGCUACUAGCACCUCCUAAAGUGCACAAACUAUCUAAGAGUUUAAAAAACAACAAAUUGUGUUUUAUUUUAUAUAAUUUUUUUUUUUAACCCACACGUAACUUUACUAUUGAGCUUUUAAAGCUGGUAGUGAUUUUGUUUUACAAGUGGACACAGCCAGGCUAGCUGUUUUCCCUGUUUCAAGUCUUUAUGCUAAGCUAAUAGUCUGCUGGUUGCGAAUUCAUGUUUACUGUGUGUGUGCGUGCGUGCGCGCGCGCGCGCACACACACACACACACACACACACUGGUAUUGUUCUUCUCAGCUAACUAUGCAAAACGAGGAUUAAUCGUACUUAACAAAAUGUUGAACUAUUCCUUUUAGUUUGUUGCUGUUGACCCACUGCGUUGUAAUUUUUAAAGUCAUAACAUUGUCUAUCUAUCUAAAGCUCCUAUGAACAUUUAUGUUUCUUGUAAUUUCAUUUAUUGCCAUUUGUUCACUUUGUAAACGUGUUGCUAACAUAAUGUAAAUCGUCUCUUGGCUUAUGUCUGGUAGUGUCUGUGAAAAUAUUUCUCUUUGGUUAGCUUGUUCACACAAAUAGCUUCAUCAGUUCUGUGUCUAACCGGUUAUUUAAACUAUGGUGUAAAAGCUUUGUUUAUCUUGUUAGUUUUGGAUAUGUGAAAUGUGUGGGGAACGUGAUUAACUUGAAUCAUGUUUGUAGAUCUUGAAAUGUAAUUGAGAUUGCAGAAAUUUUAGACAAUCUUUAGAUAUUCUAUAUUUAACACAUCAUUGAAGUUGAAUUCCUGAAAUUGACACUUUUGGCAUUAUUUUCUGAAAAAGAAAUGUGUAGCUGUGUCAAAAUUUUGGUAUGCAAACAAUUUGAAGAAUGCAAUAAAUAUACAAAUUGGGGAAAACGGAA